AUGCACGGUUCGGACAUGGUUCUUGAAGCUAUCAGACCCCCACGGAGAGUGGUAGUUCCUGAUGGUAAUGGCGGCCACGUCGAGUGCUUCUUUAAGCGCUUUGCUCUCUCAUUCGGACCUGAGCAUGCGCGGACGGAACUUCGCACGCUCAAACGACUUGCUCUGGCGCACAUACCGCCACCACCGCAAGCGUUCAUUUGCCGCCUCUAUGGUGUUGUUCGUGAUGGGAACGGAUUAGCAGGCAUGCUGUUUUCUUGGAUUGAAAAUAAAGGCGUUUUGUCAAAAGCAAGAGCGGAGCAAAGCGCCAUUGAACUUAGAAGACACUGGGCAGCCCAGAUCCGCGGGACUGUACAGUUGCUUCAUGAUCAAAACAUCAUCUGGGGUGACGUCAAGGCAGAAAAUGUUUUGAUCGAUAUGGACGACAAUGCGUGGGUUAUUGACUUUGGUGGAAGCUACACCCUGGGUUGGGUUGAUAAGGAAAUCGCGGGCACAGUGGAAGGGGAUCUACAGGGGCUGUCUAAAAUCAUGAGCAUGCUGGCUUGA